AUGCGACUCUUCCAGCUUCCUGCUCUGCUGUCGCUCACCAGCCUCGGCGGUGUUGCACUCGCAUCCCCAUCCACGGCCUCGGAACCAGACUUCACUCAAGCGCCUAUUGCCAACAUCUCGCUCUAUCCCAACGGCUCGCUCUUCGACCACUGGCGUCCGCGAGCGCACUUCAUCCAUCCCUCUAACCAGUUGGGCGACCCUACCGCGUUUUGGCAAGACAAGGAUGGCAAUGCGCAUAUUACCGCCCUCUACUCGUAUCUCCGCGGCACGGGCAACUCGUCUCUGUCGACCUCGAGCUUUUCUGGAUCGACGACAAAGGACUUUCUGCAGUAUGAAGAUCUGUCGGGUUGGCAGAACCCUGUGCAGAUGGGUGCGGGAAACGAGGUAGACUUCAUCUCCGACUUUGACGGAAGCGUUGUCGCCGAGGGCUACAAGGGCUUGCCCACGUUGAUUUGGACGAGUGUGAAAGGUCUUCCGAUCUCGUGGACGAUCCCUUACAAGGAUGGCUACGAGUCGCAGGCGCUGGCCUACUCGGAGGACAACGGGGUCACAUGGACAAAGCUCGACGGUGGCGCCAAUAUCCCCAUCAUCGCACGUCCGCCAUACAGCGGCAACGUCGUCACUGGGUUCCGCGACCCGUACAUCUUCCGCAACGCUCUGUUUGACCGUCUGCUCAACGUCUCCGCCUCCGACGAUGGACAGCCGAUGCACUACGUGUCCCUGUCGUCGGGGCUGCAUCCUGCUCAACCAGGUUUGCCGGGUGUAGAGUUCGAUCAGGCCGGCCCCCGCGUGUGGCUGUACCGGCAGAGCCAAGCGGGCCAGUGGCUCAACUGGACGUUCUGCGGCCCGCUGCUGCAGUCGCCCAUCAACACGACGUUUGUCACGCCCGGCUCCGGAUGGGCUGCCACGGACUACAGCGAUGGCAACAACUACGAGACAGGACAGAUCGCCAAUCUUGACUACGGCGGGGAUUCGGGUGAUGCUCAGGGGACCGGGAUGGCGUUCAUCUCGUACGGCGCAGAGAGUAACCACACGCUGAUGCUGUAUCGUCUCGGACACUGGGUCAUAAACAACGGUACAGAGUCGGCGCCACAGCCGAACGCUACCCUGGCACCGGGGGUGGUGGGCGCAAAACAAGGCGUACAGAUGCAAACUGCGCUCGAAGGCGUGUUGGACUGGGGUCUGGCCUAUGCCUGUAUGGGGCAUCGGCAGGAGUCUUCGUCUGCGUCGGCUCGCAGGAUGGUGUACUGCUGGAUCAAGGAAGCCUUUGCCAACCAGGAUGCGACCAAAUUCGUGCAGCAGUACAUUUCGAGCUUGACCUUGCCCAGGCAAGUGUAUGUGAAGCGCAUUCAGGGCGUGGUCAACAACGAGCUGGUAUUGCAGAAUGCUAGUUGGGCCAUUCUCAACACGACCGCGAGCAACGAGGACAGGAUCGAGACGAUCCCGGUCGACGACUUCAAAGAGGAGGGGCAGAAGAACGAAACCGUGGAUCUCGUUGUGUUGGGUAUAAGCCCUGCAGACGAGCUUUUGGAGUUCCGUCAGAAAGCAAACGACUCGUACCACGCCGAGACAGGGACAGCGCUGGGUCCGCUCAACUUGACCUCCGAGUCCACAGGAACACCGACAGGGGUGCAGAUCCGCAACGGCAUCCCUUCCGGCAACAACGAUACGCUCGUCGAUGAGAUCUUCGUCCCGCUCCCCCGCUUCCCCGCCUCAAGCCACUUUGAAAUCAGCACGACGAUCGACUUUCCGCUCUCCACGCUCCGCAACACGUCUGUCGACUUUGCUGCGGGCAUCUCGAUCCUGCGCACACCCAACGCGACAGAAGACAUUGCCAUCGUCUACCGCCCCUCAAACGAGUCCGUCCUCGUGCAAAAGCGCACGGCUCUCGGUCCCGAGUCCGUCGUCACCUCGCCCGAGGUCGGUAAGCUGCGUCUCUGGCAGCUCUCCUCGGGCCUCGAGAGCUUGCACCUGCGCGUGUUUGUCGAUGGCUCGGCGCUGGAGAUCUACGUCAACGACCGAUUCGUGCUCACUACCCGUGCGUACUUCUGGUACGACGACGCAAGGCGGAUCGGGUUCGUGCUGCAGGUCCCGCACCACGCGUCAACGCAGAUUGGAGGCGAGGAGACGACAGUCAGGUUCAGCAACACGAGUUGGUGGGAAGGCCUGGUCAACGCCUACCCGAACCGACCGCAGGACAAGCAGCAGCUCAUCGACCAGUCCGUCGGCUACCCUGAGCCUGAGAACAAUCCAAACGCUCAGGGCAUCAUCUACAACGGCACGGGUCCGGUCCCGCCUUUCCCCAACCUCGGGUAG